CAUUCAAGGUGGUCCGUGGAACUUGUGGAAUCAGCCAUCUUUGCGUUUUAUUUUUUUCUUGAAAGCGUGUCUUGUGAAGAAAAUAGCAAAUAUUCGCUAGAAAUCUCAAGAUUUUGUGCACAAAAACACAAUAAAAUAGUAGUAAAGUGUUAAGUGAAACUACAGAGCAGUAAAAAUGGCAGAUCAGUACGGAAAUUACGGCAAUUUUGCACCAGGACAAUUUUCUGUUCCUCCACCUGGAUACGCAGCAGCCGGUGGCGGAAAUUCUGCACCCCCUUCAGCCGGAAAUUGGGGUGGGCCACAGCAAGGAGGCUACGGUGGUGGUGGUGGAAAUCAAGGAAAUCACUACGGCGGGGGUGAUUACUAUGAGAAUGAAGGUAAUUUUUCAGGCGGGAAGGAUGGAAGCGGAGGAGGAUACCAAGGCCGCGGAGGUGGUCGUGAUUAUGGCAAUAAUCGCGAUUUUGGGAACGAUCGCCGCAGAGGCGGCGGUGGUGGCGGAAAUUUCAGCAGCAGUGGUGGCAACAAAGCUGGUUUUAAUAAAGGAGGAGACGGUGGCCGUGGUGAUUCCAAUAUGAUCGUUCAGGAGGAUACUAUUUUCGUGUCUGGAAUGGAUCCAUCAGUGACUGAACAGGAGAUUCACAGUCAUUUUGGAGCUAUUGGCAUUAUCAAGAAAGACAAGAAGACAAUGAAGCCCAAGAUUUGGGUGUACAAGGACAAGGAGACUGGAAAGUCCAAGGGCGAAGCCACAGUGACUUACGAUGAUCCAGACGCUGCCAAGUCGGCCAUUAGUUGGUUCGAUGGCAGAGAUUUCAAUGGGGCCACGAUCAAGGUGUCCCUGGCCCAGAGGCAGAACAACUGGCAAGCCCGUGGUGGCGGCCGUGGAGGUCGUGGUGGCUUUGGUGGAGAUCGCGGUGGUGGCCGCGGUGGAGGCCACAGCGGUGGUCCAAGGGACUUUGGCAACCGCGGAGGUCCCGGAGGUGAUCAAGAGUCUCGUGGGGGACCUCCAAGGGGCGGUGGCGGUGGCGGUGGCAACAACACGAUGCAAGAGCGCGAGGGUGAUUGGAUCUGCAGUGGAUGCAGCAACAAGAACUUUGCCUGGCGCAAUCUGUGCAACAGGUGUAAGGCUCCAAAGGCUGAUGGGGGCAGUGGAGGCCCCGGUGGAGAUGCUGGAGGAGGAGGCUUCAGGGGACAUCGUGGGGGUCCCGGUGGCGGAGACAGGGGUGAUCGUGGAUUUGGCGGAGGAAAUGGAAUGGGUGGGGGCUUUGGGGGUGGUAGGGGAGGACGUGGAGGAGGAGGAGCAAUGCGCGGAGGAGAUCACGGCAGAGAUAGACAGAGACCUUACUAAGGACAGCAUUUACAAAAAAAAACAAGAGAAAAAAUAAGGUACACUUACAAAAAAUACUUUUAAACAUUUUAUUCAAAUUUAGCGCUAAUUAAAUUUUAACCUUAAGUCGCCAUAGGAGAUAAAUAAAAAGAUAGGUCAAGAUUAAAAACAACAAAAAAAAGAUAAAGAGAUUAGACACAAAAUAUAAUUAAUAGAUUUAUAUUUGUAUUUAAAAUAAUAAUCUUUUUUUUUGAAAUUUAAAAAAAAAUCACUAGAGUCUCAGAAAAAAUUGAGACAUUGAAUAAAAUGUAAAAAAAAAAAUUCAUUUUGAAAAAAAUAGCGCAUUAAAAUCCAAAAAAAAAGUAAUAUUAGUUUGAGAUAAUAAAUCUAAAGAGGUAUCUUCAAUUUUUCUUUUGUUCUUGUUCUAGAGGAAUAAUUGGAUUUUGAAGUAAGCACGUAGUAAUUUGUAAGAAUUAAUACUUAAGUAAUUCUAUUGCAUUUUUGUUUUUUGAUUUUUUUUCAAUGUAUCCUACAAACUACUUUGCUUUUGUUUCUCAACACUCAAUAUACUGGCUAUAUAAUUCUA